UCCCCUGGGUCCCCGGUGGAAGAGUUGGCAGGAUUGAGGAGAUCCUCAAAGUAUUCCUUCCACCGUCUGACAAUGUCCCCAGUGGAAUUAGCAGAUUCCCACUAGCACUGUAUACAGUCAUGGCAGGGCACCGCUUCCCCCUUCUGAGGUGUCAGACAGUUUGCCAGAACCUCUUUGAGGCCAUCUGUUUUUUUCCACCGGUACCUGUCAGCUGCCUUAGAAAUCCCACGAGCCAACCAGGCCUGAUAGGACUCCUCCUUCAGCUUGACGGCAUUACUUACUUCUGGUGUCCACCACCGGGUUUGGGAGUUGCCGCCACAACAUGCACCAGAGACUUUAUGGCCACAGCUCCAGACGUCCACGUCGACAAUAGAGGUAGAGAACAUAGUCCACUUAGACUCAAUGUUUCCAGCCUCCCUCGGGAUCCGGUCAAAGUUCUGAAGAUCUCCCUAACAGGGGUCUCUGCCAAACAUUCCCAACAGACUCUUAUGGUACGUUUUGGCCUGCCAAGUCUGUAUUCGUCCGAUAGUCAAACCUCAGCUUCAGAAGGAACAAUGCGGCUUUUACCCUGGACAUGGAAAACUGGACCAGCUCUAUACCCACUUCAGGGUACUGGAGGGUUCCUGGGAGUUUGCCCAACCAGUCCACAUGUGUUUUGUGGAUUUGGAGAAGGCAUUCGACCAGGUUCCUCACUGUGUCCUGUGGAGAGUGCUCUGGGAAUCCAGGGUAAGGGGCCCAUUGAUAAGGGCUGUCUGAUCUCUGUAUGAUCAGAGUAGGAGCUUGGUUCACAUUGCCACCAGUAAGAUAGACUUUUUCCCAGUGCAUGCUGGACUCCAACAGGGCUGCCCUUUGUCACCGGUCCUGUUCAUUAUUUUUAUGGACAGGAUUUCAAGGUGCAGCCGGGGGCCAGAGGGGGUCUGGUUUGGUGACCACAGGAUAUCGUCUCUGCUUUUUGCGGAUGAUGUUGUCUUGUUGGCUGCAUCUGGACAGGACCUACAGUGUGCAACAGGGAGGUUUGCAGCUGAGUGUGAAGCGGCAGGGAUGAGAAUCAGCACCUCAAUCAAUCUGAGGCCAUGGUUCUCAGUCGGACAAGGGUGGCUUGCCCCCAUCAGGUUGGUGGGGAGUUCCUGCCCCAGGUGGAGAAGUUUCAGUAUCUUGGGGUCUUAUUCAGUGAAGGGAGGAUGAAACGAGAGAUCGACAGACGGAUCGGUGCAGCUUCUUUUCAUCACAGCCCGGUGAUACACAACA